AACAUAGAAACAUAGAAAUUAGGUGCAGGAGUAGGCCAUUCGGCCCUUCGAGCCUGCACCGCCAUUCAAUAUGAUCAUGGCUGAUCAUCCAACUCAGUAUCCCGUACCUGCCUUCUCUCCAUACCCUCUGAUCCCCUUGGCCACAAGGGCCACAUCUAACUCCCUCUUAAAUAUAGCCAAUGAACUAGCCUCAACUACCCUCUGUGGCAGAGAGUUCCAGAGAUUCACCACUCUCUGUGUGAAAAAUAUUUUUCUCAUCUCGGUUUUAAAGGAUUUCCCCCUUAUCCUUAAGCUGUGACCCCUUGUCCUGGACUUCCCCAACAUCGGGAACAAUCUUCCUGCAUCUAGCAUGUCCAACCCCUUAAGAAUUUUGUAAGUUUUUAUAAGAUCCCCUCUCAAUCUCCUAAAUUCUAGAGAGUAUAAACCAAGUCUAUCCAGUCUUUCUUCAUAAGACAGUCCUGACAUCCCAGGAAUCAGUCUGGUGAACCUUCUCUGCACUCCCUCUAUGGCAAUAAUGUCCUUCCUCAGUUUCCUCAGACGUUCUACCCGAUCUAUUGUGGGGAGAAGGCAGGGAGAGAUAGACCAGUGGCGGAGUAGACGUGAUGGGCCGAAUGGCCUGAUUCUGCGUCUAGAACCAAUGAUCUGUUGUAAUUCUCCCUGGCAGUCACUCAGCGGGAUGGAUGGGAAACGGGGAAUGCUGAGGAAAGUCUUGGAGCGGUUGAGGAAGCCGCUGGAAUUGCGCCCGGGCGCGGCGCUGGUGGCGAUGGAGCUGCGCCGCUUUGUGCCAACGUGCGUGGGCAUGUCCACCGAACUCACCCUGGUCUCAGCGGCCGUGGCCAAGGCCGACCUCAACGUUGAAGCCAAGAUCCCGGCCUCCACCUCAUCGUUGACCCAGUUGCUCAACGCCGACAUUGAACUGAAGACACAGAUCAACCUGAGUGUGGCCAUUCACAGCAAGGCCGUGCUAGGAAUAAACACUCCCUUCCUGCAGUCCGGUCUGGAGCUCACCGCGAAAAUGCACUCUGCCCUGCCGCUGGAUGUAUCGGUGAAGGUGAACGUGAAGGAGGGCAGUCUACGGAUGGACAGCCUGCCCGUACAGCAGGAGAAGCAGAUCAUCACCUUGAAAUCUGAGGUGUUUGCUGUUUCAAGAAGCAUUGAGAAUUUGGUGCCAGUGAAAGUGUCGCCCAUCUUGCCCGGAGUUAAGGAGGCCAACAUUGUACAUCAGAAGUUCAAGUCUUCCCAACAGUCUCGGAGCGAAGCGGACAUUUAUUCUGCAUUGGGAAUGGACGGAGCAGAGUGUUUGGACAAAGCCCAGCGUCCGGCUCCAAAGCCCAGCCACCUGACAUCGUGUGUCAGCAUGACCACCUUUGGCCUGGAGAUGUGUGUGGACACCAAGGUUGCAAACGCCCUGUACGUCCGACACAGCCCUCUCUACAGGCUGCUGGGAACCCACGCUGCCAGGCUGCUCGUCAAACCAGUCCCUGCGCACGCACCAAUCACCAAGUUAAUGCUGGAGCUCCAGACCGGAUCCAAAGCUGCUACGAAAAUGGUUCGCCCGCUGGAGAAAGAGGAGUUACCCCUUCAACAAACUCCUGGAACAAACGUGUUCAUGGAAAUGACGCGCUCACAGUCCAGGUUACAAGAUGGCACUGUGAUUGGGAGUUCUUCAUCCAGCAGUCAUUCACGGCAGGGAAGCAGCUGGUCCUCGAGCAGUUCCUCCUCGGGCGAGCGGACCCCUGGCGGGCACAGGAGUGGGCGCAAGGCGGGUGGGCAGCGGCACUGGUCAUCGGCCCACGGCAGCGGACAGCACUCCCACUCUGUGUCGGGCAGCAGGAGAAUAAACACGGACUUCUUCGAAAUGAAGUUCAAUUCCGUUCACACCAGCGAGGUGGCAAGCAAGAGGCAAUCAGCUGGUAGAACCUUGAGCUCAAAGACCAGGCAGCAGCCCAGCAGCAGUCAAUCUUCUGAAGAGCUGCUGUCGGAGGAGCUGGGAACCCCCUCGCUCACCAUCAUUGCCAAAGCCACGACGUCUGAUGGCAGGCUGCAGGGUUACCAGCUGUCUGGCACGGUGGGUAGUGCCAGGGGCAGGCCCAGGGUGCAGCUGCGCAUCGUGGAGCUGGCAGAAGACAGUCGCUGGAAGAUAUGUGUGGACGCUGCCAGUCCCAACCCACACAAGGCCAUGGUGAUGUACAGAUGGGGUGAGAAUUGCCAGCGGUAUAAGAUGGAACACCAGGCAUCACUGGGCUACCUUGCAAACCUCCCAGCCAUCAAACUAAAAACGACAUGGAACUCUAUUCCCGAGGGAUGUAUCACUGGAGGAAGAGUCGUUGGGUCAGCUGCUGCCUAUCUACUGGGAUUCUCCAACCAAUUUAAAAGCAAUCCAUCUCGCCAGAUCACACAGCUGAUUGCCCUGACCUCUCCAUGGACCAUAGACACAAUCGUCAAGCUGCCCGGGUUUACCCUGUAUUAUCAGGGCUUGGAGCUGCCUUUGCCGUUCCAUGUUCCUACGAUAGAGCCCAUGCUGCGAUCUCAAGGCUUCGAGAGCAUUGCUGAAAUUCCACGACUUCUGCUGACAAUCAACCAAAGGGCAUGUGAGGCCAACAAUGACCAGGUCAUCACCUUUGACAGCAACGUGCUGAGUUACAAAAUACCCAAUGACUGUUUCUACGUUCUGGCCAAAGACUGCUCGACUUCCCCGACCUUUGUGUUGUUGAUGAGGCGUGCCACGGGUCAGCGGGACAAGAAGGCGAUCAAACUGCUUCUGUCAGCGCCCAACACCAUCAUUGAAGCCUUUCCCACACGGGAUGGAGUGAAGGUCUUAGUGGAUUCCGCUGAAGCCCCUCUGGGUGAACAACCACAGGUGUUGAGAGAUAUCGUGACCAUUCAAAGGGACGGAAUGGGAAUCACUCUGCAAGCCCCGUCCAUCAAUAUUGAAAGGCUGUACUUCAAUGGAGACCAAGUUCAGAUUGUCGUGGACCAGAUGAUGAGCAAGACGUGUGGAAUCUGUGGCCUUAACAACGAUGAGAAGAAAAUGAUGAUGCCCAGCCGGGAGGUGGCCGAGGACCAGGACCGUCUCUUUGAGUCCUGGUUGUGUUCGGGAACGUCGUGCAAGGACGAUUGCAAAGUAAGGCGGGACUUUGUGGAACUAGGAACUGUGGUGGAGUUUGAAGGACAGGCAUCCAGAUGCUAUUCUGUAGAACCAGUACAACGGUGCCUGGCAGAAUGUACACCCAUGGAAACACGAUCUCGCCGUGUCCGCUUCCACUGUUUGGCAGCCAAUCAGACCGUGACCGCCUCUACCAUCUCCACCUUCCGCUGGAAGCCCGGGCACGUGAGUUACCCCACGCAAACCCACGCUGACUGCUGGUGCCAGUGUUCCACAGCGUGAAGACCUCUCGUCCAGCCCGCGUAGACUUGCUCCUUCUCGUCUCCUCUGCCCAGCCCUGCUACACCAUGUGGGUCCAGCUCACCAUUGAUGCUCUGCUCAGCCCUGCGUCGUUGAGCUUCUGCUGAUAGCGUGUAAUUCAUUCUGCAAUGUUAAAAUCCAAAUAAAACAUUGAUUUCUCAGCGAGUGCGAUUAAUACAUCUGUCGUGGGUGGUUAUUUCACUCAACUAAUGAUGGCACUCAAUGCCCUGCCUUCUUUCAAAAAGUAUAGUUUAGUUGAGUUUACUUAUACAGUGUGGAUACAGGCCAUUCAGCCCACUGAGUCUAUACUGACCACCAUCACCCAUACACUAGUUGUAUCCUCCACACUAGGGGCAAUUAACGGACGUCAAUUAACCUACAAACCUGCACGUCCUUGGAAUGUGGGAGGAAACCGGAGCUCCCGGAGAAAACCCACGUGGUCACAGGGAGAGCAUACAGACAGCUCCUGUACUCCAGUUUAGUUUGUUGCCAUGUGUACCGAGGUACAGUGAAAAGCUUUGUGCUGUCCAGUCAGCGGAAAGACAAGAACAUGGUUACAAUGGAACCGUCCACAGUGUACAGAUACAGGAUAAGGGGAAUAACGUUUAGUGCAAGGUAAAGUCCGAUCAAAGACAGUCCGAGGGUCUUCGAUGAGGUGGGUGGUGGUUCAGGGCUGCUCGCUGGUUGUGCUAGGAUAAUAAUAAAUAAUAAUAAUAAUUUUAUUUAUAGAGCACUUUAAAAACAAUCAUAGCUGCAACAAAGUGCUGUACAUCACUAAUCAUUGACAAAAAAGUUAAUACACACCAAAAAUAACAAUCAAAAGAAAUAGUAGGAAAAGACAUGCAAAAUAAAGAAACAUCAAAAACACCAAAAACAGAAGCAAAGCCUCAGGCACGGUCAAAA